GAGAAAAUUAUUACAUUUGUGAAGAACGAGCUGAAGAUGUUCAAGAGGAAUCUUAGUCCAGAACUCCCAGAAGGCUUUGAGAGUCAGAAGCAGGAUGAGGAAGUGGUGGAUGCUGAAGAUGAGAAGCAGGAGAGCAGUGCCAGAGAGGGGGCUCUGAAGAUCACACUGCACGUCCUGAGGAAAAUGAACCAGAAGGAGCUUGCUGACACACUGGAGAAAAAUGAGCUUGCUGUGAUUUGCCAACGUGAACUCAAAUCUAAUCUAAAGAAGAAGUUUCAAUGUGUAUUUGAGGGGAUCGCUAAACAAGGAAACCCAACACUUCUCAAUAAGAUCUACACAGAGCUGUACAUCACAGAGGGUGGAACAGGAGAGGUCAAUAAUGAACAUGAGCUGAGACAGAUUGAGACAACAACCAGGAAACAAGCAAGACCAGAGACUGCAAUCAAAUGUAACGACAUCUUCAAAUCCUUAACAGGACAAGACAAACUUAUAAGAACUGUGCUGACGAAGGGUGUCGCUGGCAUUGGAAAAACAGUCUCUGUGCAGAAGUUCAUUCUGGACUGGGCUGAAGGAAAAGCAAAUCAGGAUGUCCAAUUUGUAUUUCCAUUCCCUUUCCGGGAGCUGAAUUUGAUGAAAGGGGAAAAACACACUUUGAUUGAACUCCUCAAUCACUUCUCAAUGGAAACCAAACAAUCAGGAAUCUCCAACUACGACAAGUACAAAGUUCUGUUCAUCUUUGAUGGUCUGGAUGAGUGCCGACUGCCCCUAGACUUCCAGAAGAACAAGAUCUGUUGUGACGUCACAGAGUCAACCUCCAUGGAUGUUCUGCUGACAAAUCUCAUGAAGGGAAAUCUGCUUCCCUCUGCUCUCCUCUGGAUAACUACCCGACCUGCAGCAGCCAAUAAGAUCCCUUCAGGGUGUGUUGACCAGGUGACAGAGGUACGAGGCUUCAAUGACCCACAGAAGGAGGAGUACUUCAGGAAGAGAUUCAGUGAUGAGGACCUGGCCAGCAGAAUCAUCUCACACAUAAAGACAUCAAGGAGCCUCCACAUCAUGUGCCACAUUCCAGUCUUCUGUUGGAUUUCUGCAACAGUCCUUGAACACAUGCUGAAACAUAAGAGAGAAGAGAUGCCCAAGACUCUGACUGAGAUGUACACACACCUUGUGGUGUUUCAUACCAAACAGAAGAAUGAAAAGUAUCCUGGGAAAGAAGAGACAGGUCCACACUGGAAUAAGGAGAGCAUUCUGUCACUGGGAAAACUGGCUUUUCAACAGCUUGUGAAUGGCAAUCUGAUUUUCUAUGAAGAAGACCUGAAAGAGGCUGGCAUUGAUGUCAAUGAUGACUCAGUGUACUCAGGAUUGUGCACACAGCUCUUUAAAGAGGAAUGUGGACUGUACCAGGACAAGGUGUACUGCUUUGUUCAUCUGAGCAUUCAGGAGUUUCUGGCUGCUGUAUAUGUGUUCCUCUCAUUCAUCAACAACAAUGAGAAUCUAAUGGCCGAACCGCAAUCAACGUACAGGAACGUUUCUGCGCUGUUCAGAGACAAGCCUAAAGUUACUGUCUACAAGAAUGCUGUGGAUAAAGCCUUACAAAGUGAGACGGGAAACCUGGACCUUUUCCUCCGCUUCCUUCUGGGCCUCUCACUGGAGUCCAAUCAGAAGCACUUACGAGGUCUUCUGACAAAGACAAGAAGCAGCUCAAAGAGCCAUGAAAAAACAGUCAAGUACAUCAAGGAGAAGAUCGGGGAGAAUCCCUCUCCAGAGAGGAGCAUCAAUCUGUUCCACUGUCUGAAUGAACUGAAUGACCAUUCUCUAGUGGAGGAGAUCCAAAGAUACCUGAGAUCAGGAAGUCUCUCAAAACCCAACCUCUCACCUGCACAGUGGUCAGCUCUGGUUUUUGUGUUGCUGACUUCAGAAAAGGAGCUGGAUGUGUUUGACCUGAAGAAAUACUCCAGAUCAGAGGAAGGUCUUCUGAGGCUGUUGCCAGUGGUCAAAGCCUCCAGAGCUGUUCUGCUGUCAGGCUGUGGAGUCACAGAGGAAGGCUGUGCUUCUCUGGUCUCAGCUCUGAGGUCAAACCCCUCACACCUGAGAGAGCUGGACCUGAGUAACAAUGACCUGAAGGAUUCAGGAGUGAAGCUGCUCUCUGCUGGACUGGGGAAUCCCCACUGUAAACUGGAGACUCUGAGGCUGUCAGGCUGUCUAGUCACAGAGGAAGGCUGUGCUUCUCUGGCCUCAGCUCUGAGGUCAAACCCCUCACACCUGAGAGAGCUGGACCUGAGCUACAAUCACCCAGGAGACUCACUCACACUGGACCUAAACACAGUAGACAGAGAUCUCUCUCUGUCUGAGGAGAACAGAAAGGUGACAUGGAGGAGAGAGAAGCAGCCGUAUCCUGAUCACCCAGAGAGAUUUGAGGACUGUGGACAGGUGCUGUGUAGAAAGGGUCUGACUGGGCGCUGUUACUGGGAGGCAGAGUGUAGUGGGAGAAAGGGGGCUGUUAUAGGAGUGACAUAUAAAGGAAUCAACAGAAGAGGGGGUGGCUGUGGUCUUGGAUUCAAUGACAAGUCCUGGUGUCUGAACUGCUCUGACAACAGUUACAUUGCCUGGCACAAUAAUAAUCAGACUACCAUAGCCGUCCCCUCCUCCAGCUCCCACAGAGUAGGAGUGUAUCUGGACUGGUCAGCCAGCACUCUGUCCUUCUAUAGAGCCUCCUCUGACACACUGACCCACCUGAUCACAUUCACCUCCACAUUCACUGAGCCCCUCUAUCCAGGGUUUAGGGUUUAUGAUGACUCCUCAGUGUCCCUGUAAAUAAUAACCUGACACACACACACUGGACACACACACACACACAGACAUGCGUGUCUUCCUAUAUUUGUUUAAAUAACACCAUUAAAAUACCAAUGCUAUCAUUUGUUGUCUUUUAUGUUGAAUAACAAAUUGUACAAUUAUAUAUGGACAUACGCUCCAUAGUUGUACAAGUAUA